AUGGACGUUGAAACUGCGGUGGAACGGCAGAUGGAGCCUGUAGAUGAGGAUGCUGAAGACGCCACUAUUGCCGACCUCUCCCAGCUACGAAACUUCCCCGAGCCGCCGUCGGAUUGUCAAGUAUGUGUUAUUGGUGCAGGCCCGGCCGGCCUGAUGAUGGCGGCGACUCUGACGAGAUACGGCAUUCACGCCGAAGUGGUUGAUGAUAGAGCCGACCAAACACCAGUAGGAAGGGCGGACGGUUUACAACCCAAGACGAUUGAGACCUUCAGACAGCUACGACUAGCCGACCCUUUACUCCAACGAGGAGUCCGUGUCUAUGAUAUUUCAUUCUGGAGAGCCACGAAAGAUCAGCCGCUGCACAGACUAGGCCGAGAAAUUCAUUACCCACCCGUAAUUGAUGUCAUUGAUCCGUAUAUUUUACUGGUUCACCAAGGCAUCGUAGAGAGUCUAUUCAUUGAAGAUCUAGCCAAGAGAGGCAAAACGGUGCGCAGAAACGCCUCUUUUGAAUCUUAUGAGAAUAUUGCCAAGACCGGCCAGUUGCAAGUAAAUUGCCGCACGAAUGUAACCCAGGACAAGAAGACUUAUACUACACAAUACUUGGUUGGAUGUGACGGAGCGCACUCCAAAGUCCGCAAGAGCAUUCCCGAUGUAGCAGCCAUCGGAAUGUCCCAGGCCGCAAUCUGGGGAGUCUUGGAUGGAGAACUCAUCACAGAUUUUCCUGACAUUUGGUCAAAAACACUAGUAUACUCAGAGGAGCACGGUUCUAUUCUUAUUAUCCCCCGUGAGAGAAACAUGACAAGGUUUUAUAUCGAGCUCAAGACAUGGGCCACCGAGGACCGUCGCCAGCUCGGCCAGCAAUUCGUCACGGAACAAGCCAGAAAGAUUAUGGCUCCAUUCUCCGUCGAUUGGAAGUAUAUUGAAUGGUUUGGACGAUAUCAGGUUGGCCAGCGUGUAGCCAGUCGAUUCUCCGACGCCAACACCAGGGUGUUCCUCGCCGGCGAUGCCAGCCACACGCACUCACCCAAGGCCGCCCAGGGUAUGAACACGUCCAUGCACGACUCGUGGAAUCUUUCGUGGAAGCUUAACCUGGCCGUCCGUGGGCUUGCCAAGCCAGUCUUGCUUGAAAGUUAUGAAGAGGAGAGACGGAAGAUAGCACUCGACCUGGUCAACUUUGACUACGAACACGCUAACCAAAUUGCUGGAGGCGAUGCGGUUGCCCUGGCCAAAAACUUCAAGGCAAAUGUGCGCUUUAUAUCUGGAAUCGGUGCAGAAUAUUCCAGCAGCCCUAUAAACCGCACCGAGACAGACAGCUUUGCCAUUCCUACUGGUGAUGCCCGGCCCGGAUGUCUCUUGCCUCCAGCGAAAGUCACCCGAUACAUUGACUCGAACCCCGUGGAUGUCCAGCUCGACAUCCCCAUGUUGGGUCAAUUCAGGAUCUUCCUCCUCAUGUGGGAUGUCCAGCAGGCUGCACCUUUCCUGUCAACCUUUUGCCACGCCGUUGCUGGGAAUUCGUCGUUUGUAAGCCAGCUUUCCGCUGCGGCGAGCAAAUCCUACGCUGAGCAACCCAGAAAGGGCUCCGCAGAGGACAUUUACAUCCGUCCGGAACGCUAUACCGCAGUCAGCCAUCUCUUUACUUUUGCAUUAAUCAGGAUCGCUAACGAAGAAACAGCAACCAUGCCCAAGGCGGAAAUGGAAAUCUACGAUCUCCCAGCCAUGCUGCAAGAUAGCCGCUGGACGCUGUACCUCGACAACAUUCCCGAGCAAGAUACCCGCGGCACGCUGUGCACGAACAAGUGGCUCGGCAAUCUGGAGCCAGGCGAGGUAGCCAUUGUCAACGUCCGCCCAGAUGGGUACGUCGGCUCUGUCGGGCGGUGGGACACAAGCAACGACGAUUCGGGCGAGAGGGCGGCCGAGUGGUUGGAUGACUACUUCAGUGGGUUUUUGCAGAUUCCCCCAGCACUUAAAAGCUAA